CUUAUCGAAACUCCUCGCGAUAAGGAGUUGUAUAGGGAUGUACAUUGACCAGUCGUUCUAAACCGGACCAAGUAAGGCUGUCCAAGGAACCAUGCCAAGUAAAAAGGGUGCAGACUACAAACACCUCCUGCCUUUUGGUAGUGACAGUGAGGACGACGAUUUUGACGAGAAAGAGAAUCUUGUAAUCAAUCAAACAUCUGUUCCGGAAGUAAGUAUCAACGACACUAAACGGUCAUCGCCCAUACUGAGGAACGGAAAUGGCUACACCUUCAGUACCCCAUACAAGAGUUCCUCACGCGACAGCUGUUGCUCACCCACGACGGUGGCCGCCGUGUUCGCCCUCAUGUUGCUUUCCGUUGGAGUUGGAUAUAUAGCCGGGUUCUUCACACCCAUGUCAUCAUUACCAUGGCAACAUCAUAAUGAACAUUCGCCCGACCUAGAACAAAGUGUACAUAAACGGACAGCAGACUGGAGAACAAAACUAUCGGACUAUGGUACGGAGUCUUGUAUCAGACUGGUGGACGCGGACGGGGACGGUAUCCUGGACAUUAUAGUGGGGAUAGCGAUCGGCAAGGAUGUUAGUCAGAUGAUCGUCGAGUCCAGCAUGGCCGAAUUCUGUAAAAAUCUAGGUAUGAAAGAGCCUUGUGCAGGGGGCGUGGUCGCUCUGAGGGGAUAUGACGGUAAGCUGUUGUGGAAGGCGGACGCUUACUCCGAGGUGUUCGGACUAAACUGUCACUCCGUGGACGUAAAUCAGGACGGUACCCCGGACUGUAUAGCGACAGGAAGGCUAGGAACGCUCACGGCCAUCGACACAACCACAGGUACCGUUCUAUGGAGGGAUAGCUCUUCUUAUGUGAACCGUGGCUGGAACAUUUAUAGCGUCGCCAUCAUACCAGACAUGGAUGGCGACAAAGUGAAAGAUAUCGUCAUCUCUCACGGAGGCGAUCCCACCGUCCUUGCCGAGAAUCACGUGAGAAAGACGGGUUGGCUGAUGAUGAUCUCCGGACGGACGGGCCUGCCGAUCGGAACCCAUCUGGACUUACCGGAACACAAAGAAGUGUACAUCUCGCCUGUCCUCCACGAGCGACGAGACGGUUCCCAAUACAUCUUGUACGGCAGUGGAGGCGAGACAGUCGGAGGACUGUUCCUGGCGAUCUCCCUUCCCGAUUUUUAUCGAAACGUGAUGGGGCUCCCAAAAGGUACUCUUGUCCGAAACACACGUGGGGCGUACGACCAGUGGGGGUUCAAGACACCUAGCGAGAAGGGCGAGAUAGAGUUGUUCAGGAGUGACCAGAAAGGAGUCAUGGUCCCUCCCGUGCUUGUGGACGUCAACAAAGAUGGCGUCAAUGACAUUCUAAUGACGGGGUUUGACGGUACCAUGGUGCUAUAUGACGGGGAAAAUCUAGAGGUUAUGUGGAAAAUAAAAUUCGAGGACCGAGAAUCUUACAGCUCACCUGCUCCUGGCUACUUCAACGAUGAUGACGUCAUUGAUUUCAUGAUGCACUGGAGCAAGGGAGCAUGGCCAUUUUAUAAUGCAACGGAUGACGUUGUGAUAGAUGGGAAAGACGGAACUGUCCUAUGGAACAUGACUUCUGGUAGAUAUGACGUCUCAUCUGACCUUACAGUACGAACGUCUGCGCAUAACCGGGAUAUAUUUUUGUACAAAGCGCAGGGUCGGAAUGGUGAGGACCCUCAACACACUGGGGCUAUCCAUGGGGCAACCGGUGUUCAGAGAGUAAUCAAUAGACGAUCCCUCGAUGAUGGCACUUCCGUUUUGGAGGAAACCGUCGUUGACGAGUCAAACGCCGACCUAGAGGGCGUUCUACUCGACAGCAGCCACUUCCGGGCCAAGAGGCGCGGUAUUGACAAAAAUUAUGUAGAAUGUGAGUCGGACCAGACCGUUUUCCUGGCGGAAUUGUUUGCCCUGGACCGAACAACCAUGAAGGCGCCCAUCAAACUCUGGGAACGAGGAUCCGAGAAAUUCUACUACAAGCUGUCGGGAAAUGACAAGAAAUUAAUCCAGGAAUCAAUAAAGGUUCAUGGUGUGAAUCGUACAUUGACUGAAAACGAGGUUCCGUGGUCACGUGGUAAAAGAGAAUCUCAAAAGCCGUUUUGUAUCGUCGAACAACCAGAUGAACGGACAACAGGCGCCAUAGGGGACGUAGAUGGCGACGGGAAGCUGGAUCUGAUCGUUAACCUGGUGAGCGUGGGGAUACUCCGGGACCAGUACGCAAAUUAUGUCAAAAUGAAGUUCGAUACCGACAUCUACAAGGUCAAUCUGGAGGAGGCCCUCGCGCGCCAGCUCUACACGCCAAUCAACGUCACCAUCCACCAGCGCAUGCGCAAUGUCAUGAACGAAAACAAAAUUACCUCAUUAAAGUUCCUUCCCGCUGACAAACAAACAUGGGGAGGAUACAUGGGGACGACGGGAGACAGUGCCUUCCACGAAGUGUGACGUCAUCAGUUACCUUGACCUCUACUGAAAAAUAAUAACUUUCCUAGUCAUUCUAUACUAUAGAACAAUUACUAACCUGUCUUGGCGCUCAAAUAUAACGUCCCGAUUGUGAUCCAACCCAUUUUGAGGAAGUCGCCAUGGAACGCGCUGCGCUGAACUAUACAAGACAUUGGCUAUACUGUGAACAUUUUGUUAAGAUUACAUUGUGUUCUCAAUAAGACAAUUACGAGAUGUUUUUAAUUUAAAUGAUUGGACAAGGGUGGAAGUGUCACACAUCUAAUUACAUUACAAUGUAUCCAAGUGAAAUAAUCUAAAAAUGAGAACAAGUUGUUUUAUUGUUUUAAUAGAAAGGAUGAUGUCCCUUUGUUGUCCUUCGUCUAAAAUAAAUCAAAAACAUGAUCAGCUAUUAUAAACAACCAAUUUCUCCAAAAAAAGUUGCAAUUUCACGUCACUUACAUUAAAAUACUGUGAAUUUGAAGAAAUAAGACAAUUACGCGUUUAACAAUGACGACGAAAUGUUUUCCAUAUUCGGAAUAAAAAUCUUUAGUUUUGUAUGAAUAAUAAGGGUUACGUUUGUUUUGAACACAAACAGGAAUUGAAAACUUAUUUUGCGAGCUUUGUCAAGCAGAGCGUGCAAAUGACUGGCGUCGCGACCCUAAAACGCUGAAAACAACUCACUACCACACAGUGUGCCGAAUCAAUAAAGUCAGU